AUGGCAGAGAAAAAAGUCGAUCAUACUACUGUCGCUCCCAUCUCAUCCGACGUCUCGAUUGAAGACGUCGAGCCGCAGGGUUAUGAUGCUGUCGCUACAAAGAAGCUUCUUCGUAAACUCGACUGGCAUCUCAUACCGUUCAUGUCGCUCAUCUACCUUCUGUGCUUCCUAGACCGCACCAACAUUGGCAACGCUCGACUCGACCAUCUCGAACAGGAUUUGAAGCUGCACGGCCUACAGUACAAUGACUGUCUCGCUGUCCUAUUCCCGUUCUAUAUUGCUGCUGAGAUACCGUCGAAUAUCAUGAUGAAGCGUACACGACCAUCGAUUUGGUUGACGUUCAUCAUGUUCUUCUGGUCACUGGCAAUGAUCUGUCAGGGCUUUGUGAAGAAUUAUUCCGGAUUGAUGGCUACCCGAGUCUUUCUGGGAGUAUUUGAGGGUGGGCUGUUUCCAGGCGUGAACUACUAUAUUUCGCAGUGGUAUGUCCGAGGCGAGUGUGGCUUUCGCAUGGCUCUCUUCUUCUCAGCCGCAACGCUCGCCGGAGCCUUCGGUGGAGUGCUAGCCCGCGGUAUCGCAGAAAUGUCUGGCGUUGGGGGCAAAGCGGCUUGGGCUUGGAUAUUCAUCUUGGAGGGCCUGCUCAGCAUUCUCGUGUCAAUGACAGCAUACUGGUGCAUAUACGACUACCCGGCAACGGCCCGCUUCCUCACUCCGAAAGAGCGCACAGAGGUCGAACGCCGCCUACAACAAGAUCACGGUCAUCUUUCCAAUGACUUUGAUAUGAAGUAUGUCUACCAGGCCCUUUCCGACUGGAAAAUUUACAUCUUCAUGCUUAUAUGCAUGGCGGGAUUUUGUCCCAUCUAUUCCUUCGCCCUCUUCCUCCCCACGAUCAUCAAAAACAUGGGUUAUACUGCCAACGACGCACAGCUCAUGUCCGUCCCGCCUUAUGUCUGCGCAUGUUUCUUCACCAUUGUCGCGAGCUGGUACGCUGAUCGCGUGAAGAAACGUGGCAUCUUCUUAAUGGGGUUCCAACUUGUGGCUAUCGCAGGCUUCGCCAUGCUUGCCGCAACUGGCAAGCCCAGUGUCCAAUAUGCCGGAACGGUGCUUGCGGCUAUUGGGAUCUAUCCCCAGAUUCCACUGGGUAUGGCGUGGAACAGCGGAAAUAUUGGAGGUAGUUUGAAGCGUGGGACAGGCAUUGCCAUGCAGGUAAUGGGAGGUAACUGUGGAGGUAUCAUAGCGAGUUAUGUCUACCUGUCGCGUGAUGGACCAAGGUUUAUUAUUGGACACAGUAUUCUGAUCGGAUUUGUCAGGCAAGUCAUCGACACGACUGGAUCGAUCUAA